AUUUCCUUAUUUCCUUUUUCCCCCCUAGGAUUCCUUGGGUCCAUCUUUACCACUGUUGGCUUUUAUUUUCAAGCCCUUUGCCUUUUUUUUAUACAUUUUUCUUUCUUCAGGUUCGAGUAAGACCGUGUUUGCCUUGUCAUGACUACACUAGUAGAAGAGACGAAGAAGGGGCAGGAGCCCGAAAGGGCCAAGAGGACCUGGUGGAAGGAUGCUGUCGUUUACCAGAUUUACCCCUCCAGCUUCAACGAUUCCAAUGGCGAUGGCAUUGGUGAUAUCCCUGGUAUUGUUGAGAAGUUGGAUUAUCUGAAGGCACUCGGCGCCGAUGUUCUCUGGCUUUCCCCUAGUAUGUCUUUGUCUCACUCCCUUGCUGUUUGUUCCGUGAACCAUGACUGAGGAGGCUAGUUUACUGCUCCCCGAUGAAGGAUAUGGGCUAUGACAUCUCCGAUUACAGGAGAGUAGAUCCUAGAUAUGGCACACUCGAGAAUGUAGAGACGCUAGUGAAUGAAGCGAGGAACAGAUCUAUCAGAAUUGUGAUGGAUUUGGUUGUUAAUCAUAGUUCCGAUGAGGUUUGGUUGCUAGAUACCCCCCUCCUUGGAUUGUGGGGCUGAUGUGGGGUACACCUUUAGCAUGGAUGGUUUAAAGAGUCUAGAAAGUCCAAGACCAAUCCGAAGAGAGAUUAUUACAUCUGGAGACAGCCAAAGUUCGACGCGGAAGGGAAGAGACGGCCUCCUAAUAAUUGGGUUUCCGUGUUCGGAGGUAAUCCUCUCCCUUUCCCGGUUCCCCUCUUUUUCGCGAAGCUUGAUCCAGGUUGCUCAGCUCGGCACAGGAAGUGCAUGGACUUACGAUGAAACAACCGGGGAAUACUACCUCCACCUCUUCACAUCUUCCCAGCCAGACCUUAAUUGGGAGUCAUCGGUGCUUCGGAAAGAAGUAUACAGCAUCAUGAGCUUCUGGCUUGAGAAACGCAUCGCCGGCUUCCGCAUGGAUGUCAUAAACCUCAUCAGCAAGACCCCGGGUCUGCCCGACGCACCCGUCACCGAUCCGAAAGAGGAAUACCAAAACGGGUCAAUGUAUUUCGCAAAUGGCCCCCGCCUGCACGAGUUUCUGCAGGAGAUGAGGAGGGAGGUGUUGGAUAAGUUUGACACAAUCACAAUUGGCGAGAUGCCUUUUGUUACCGACCCGCAGGAGGUACUUAAGUGCGUUAAGGGAAGAAAGGAGCUGGAUAUGGUCUUCCAGUUUGACAUGUUUGUUUCACUUCGACCCGCUCUUUCAUACCUAUUGACCCCGGUCUUAUGCUGAUCCGGGAUUGUUUCAUUUGUAGUGUCGAGGUGGACUCCGCGCCAGGCCAGAGCAAGUUUUCCCCGCACAAAUGGAAGCUCGCGGACCUCAAGGCCAUCGUGGACAAAUGGCAAACAUUCAUGAUAAACAACGACGGUUGGAACGCAGUCUAUGAUGAGAACCACGACCAACCUCGCUCUAUCUUUCGCUACGUCGAUAGAAGUGCUGUUGAAAAGAGUUUCCAGGCCAGGGAAAUGGCGGCCAAAAUGUUAGCCACCUUCCUGGUCUUGCAGAGCGGUACUUUAUUCCUUUAUCAAGGACAGGAAAUAGGGAUGGGCAACGUGCCGAGGGAAUGGGGUAUCGAGGAAUACAAAGACGUUGAAACUUUGAACUUCUGGAAUAAGUAAGUUUGUAUUAUUUUCCCCUACGAACAAAGCGCUAAUGAAUACUAACUGUGAUAGAUUAUUGGAAGAGAGGGGGGGCGACUUGAGCAAAAUGAGGGAUGCCAUGGAGGCUCUUCAGUCGAAGGCUAGAGAUAAUGCUCGAACUCCAGUUCAGGUAAGUGAUGACCUGUGACGUCGCAUAAACCUCCAUUCUGCUAGAAUCCAGUGCCAUUGCCUCAUGGCUGAUCACUGUCCCCAAAAAAUGCAUGUUUCCGAGCCAACACUGACCGAUCAAUCGUUUACCAAUAGUGGGAUUCUAGUCCUCAAGCAGGAUUCACGACUGGUAGUCCUUGGAUGAGAGUCAAUGAUGACUACAAAGAAUGGAAUGCCGCAGCACAAAUUGGCCCUCCGUCUAGUGUGUACAGUUACUACACGAAACUCCUCAGUCUUCGUCGGGAUCACAAAAACAUUAUCGUUUAUGGGGAUUUCGAAAUGCUUUCUCACAACCACGGGAAGGUAUUUGCCUAUAAGCGCUACGGCUAUCACGGCCCAGACGUCGGUAAGGCCGCCGUUAUCGUGGUCAUGAACUUUACCGGUGAGGCGGAUGUGGAGUGGGACUUGAAAGAGGGAAAAUUUGGGAAAGAGGGGUUGUUGCAAAAGCCUGAAGUAAUAAUCGGCACCUAUGGCGACGGAAAGGUCAUUGUGAAAGACGGGAUCGUUCACCUAAGGCCGUUCGAAGCAGUGGUUUUCUGGGGUGACUUUGUUGACGUUAGUAGGGGUGGGGGGCCGGGCCCUAACUGCGUAAUUGCCUGAAUUUGGUUUGCCGAUGAUGUCGAUUUACUUUGCUCAUUUUUAUUUUGAAUUUUUGUGCUGCGAUACGAUUUUACGAUUUUACGAUUGAUACGCCCCGCCGCUAGUUUUGUGGUUUUUGAGCAAUAAAUUACAAAUACUGUACAUUUGACUCAUUGCAAUCCUUGAAAGAGGAGUC